GAGGUGAAGGAGGCUGCCAUGACUGAGCCUGAGCGGGCUCCUGAAGGCAGUGAGGAGGUAAGGCCACGGAGGAACACUGGGACUUCCUCACUGUACCAUGGCUCUCUAAAGAGGGGUGUGCUCCAGGCUUGGACUGUCACUGGCCAACCUGUGAGGAGACCUCCCUCCAGUUGUCAGCCAUCAAACCUAACCACUUUAGUGAGAAAUUAGGUGUUUGUUUUUGGUCAUAGUUUUAGGUUGUGCUAUUGGGCGCAUCCAUGCUCCAUCUUCUCCAGUUAAUGAUGUCUCUCGUUUCCCUUUUGCUUUAUACCCCAUCCCAUUGUAGACAAUUAAGUGCUUUUAGGUCCUGAAAAAUGCUUAGUGAUAAGACAUAAGAAGCACAUUUCAAACAUUUCUAGAUGAAAACUAACAAUCUGUUUUUUGUAAUAUUUACUUACUGGUUUGGUGACCCUGACCCUUUUUUAAAGAGAUUUGAUGAGCUAGUAAAACAAUUUUUUUAGAUGUUUUUGAACCUUUGCUGAUGCUGUCUCAGACAGAAGCAGCAGGGGAGAUGCUCUUACUGUGGCUGAUGUUUAAAACCCCAUUGAUUGCUUUGUUAUAAAGGUGCUCAUGCCUCUUCCAUUGUCCCUAAUGGUACCUGCAUACUACUACUGCUGCACCUGUUCCAAUGUCCCCAAGAGCCCUGGGUAUCCCACAGAUAGGCCCCUGAUUCUGCACUGCAGUGGAACAGCUGUGGCAACAAAGGCCAUGGCACUUGAUUGGACUAAUGGGCUGAGGGUUUAGGAUGACUGAUCUCGUCUGUCUGUCACCAACGCCUGGCUCAACUGGCUCAUACACCACCUGUAUGGCCACAUACAACCUUCACAGUGGGUCUGAGUGGAGAUGAGGAGGCUGACACUCAAUAAGACUGUUUCAAAUCCUUCAAUGACAAGCCUGUGGAUGGCUUCGGAUGGGGUUGCUGCAGUACAUAUCUCUUCUCACCACCUACAGAUGAAUAUGCUGCUCGAUGGACUUGCAUGGACCGUUUAACUGGUCAAUAUUUUUUUUCUUUUUCUGGACUAAACCGUUUCUCUGAGAAAGGACAGUUUGGAUGUUCUGAGUCAUGAGGACAGCUUGGGUCUUCUCUUCGUGGCUGUUUUUCAAAGACAUGAUCUUGGACAUUUUAUAACUUUCUCAAUGGCAGCAUUUCUUUGGACUCACUACCAAACAUGUCUGACUGUUAGCUGGAAAAGGUACUUGCCAAUUGGGUCCCUUUUUUCUGCUACUACCUGGCACUCAACAGAUGGUCUUCUGAUGCCCCUGUGAAAGAGGGUGUCUGCUGAACUAUGACCCUGCUAGUUUUUGGAGUGACUCUUGUUCAACAUUGACUAUCCCAUCUCCAUUAAACCUCAGCCGGGCAGUAUCCCAACAGAAAAGCAUGACAAAGAUCUGAAAGACUGAUGCUUGAGCGCUAAGGACUUGACCCCAAAACGUUUCCAAAAGCCACUCAAGUCCUACCCCCACUGAUCUACAGAGCCCAUCCUGCCAACCAGCUGUCAGAUUUCCACCCAAACUUCACAACCACCUUUGAUUGGACCCUUGUUGCCUAGAUACAGUACAUGCAGUCGAGAUUGGGCCAUAUCCAACCCAGUAAGGAUCAGGUGUCAGUGGUACCAGGGAAUAAGUAGUCAUUUUCUCAAUGUUAUUUUCUACAAAGAAAUACACAAUAUUUAGAAAAUGUAUAGUUUUAGUCAAUUCCCUUCUCUUAGCCUAAAAUGGGGGAAUUGACUCCGACAUAGUUGUCAAAUGAAUUAAUUUACAUAUUUAUGGCUACUGCCGUUUUGAAUGAAACUUGUUGUAAACCACCCAAUAUUAUAGUCUUGCUUUAUGGCCCAGUAAUCCUGGCAGCCACUUAGUUUACCAGCUACACCAUUCAGAUGUGCUGCUAUGAAAGUUAAAUGAAAUGUGAGCCAUUUAAUUCUAAGGAAUUUAAACUGCAGUAUUGCCAUCAGGCUACUAUCUGUCUUUCUGUAUGUGUGAUAGAGACUGCGGCUCCAUCCCCGAACACCUUUCUACACCAAACAUAAACUGACAUUUGGGGACCCCAGUCAUUAAUAUUACUACAUAUCUUAAAGCCAUGCACACAGUUUUGAGACCAAGCAAAGAUGUUAUCCUCUGUCUGCUCACUACAGUGUGCUAUUGACAGCCAUAUAUUGAGAUUCAAUAUGACUGGUGCUAUUCAUUGUUUGACUAUCAUAUGUUGAGAUGGAAAGUGACCUAGACUGGAGUAGCAGUCUCUCUCACCUAGUUUCUCUUCCCUUGUUCACCCACACAUUCUCUCUUGUCCUGUCUUCCCUUCAAUCUGUCCAUGCACCUCUCCAUCUCUGCCUCUCACCUUUCCCCUGUACUUUGGGGUGUGUUUAUUUAUUUUUGUUUCAGAGUCUGACACCAAAGACAUUCGCAGCCCGUAGGAUCUCCCUUAGCAGUGAGUAUACCUCCCUCUACCCGCUCAUUCCUGUUUUGGUUCAUUGUUUUCUUCAGCCCAGUAGGUAGACUUGGUUUUAUAGUUUGAGUUUGCCCGUGUGAGUGAGAGACAAUUAUAGAUGAGGUGCUUGCAUUUGUGCGUUCGCGUUUGGCCAUGGUGCAAUCCCCCUUUGUCUUCCAGGUAGCAAGGCCUCUCCAGGUGUUGUCAGUGCCGAGGGCGAGGCAGAGUCUGGGGCCGGGCCCGGGAGGAAGAGGAGGUGGGGUUCCAGCACUGCAGUCACAGCCAAGAAACCAUCCAUCAGCCUCACCACAGACUCUCUGAAGGUACAGCAUCGUCAUCACUACACUGCUAAAUAUACUGUUGGACAUAUUACAAACCAUCUAAACACAGCAUCAUAAUGAAUACUAACAAACCUUUUACUAUCUGUUCAGUCUUGAAGCUUCUCUCCUUCUCCCAUCUGUAAUAUAUUGAUUGUGCGGCCCAGUCUCUGAUCCCAGACAUCAGGCUGAGUCCAGGCCAGGAGGCUGUAGUGGAUCUGCACCCAGAGGAAACUCACCUCUCUGGGGGAGAGGAGGACAGGGAGCGGGGCGAGCAAGACUUCAAGAUCAGACGCACAGUCACACAGGUCAGGGUUCUACUUCACUUGUUCUGUGGACUGUACAUUUAUCUUGAUUCAAGAAGUAGUAAUGUAUUACGGGAAAUUGGUUCUGCGGCGGUCAUUCAUAAAGGUGCAUUCAGUAAGAUUUACUAUAAUGGCUGACAUUCGUAAUUGACCCAAAGGUGUAUUACAUUGUGAAUGUCUUAUUAAAACAUCUGUGUGUGCCGCCUCGUCUUCCCCACUCACUUCCAAUGUACUGUGUGUAGGUGGUCCUGUCCGAGACCCAGGAGAAUGGACCGAAGGAGUCAAAGAGGAGUGAACACAAGGAUGAGGACAGAGAGGAUGGAGGGGAGGUUAAAGGCGACAGAGAGAAGAUGGACAACUUAUUCCAGAGAGACUCCAUGGAGACACAAUCCCCCUCUCCUCCCAUCCAUGACAUGGAGAUGAACACAGGUGAUAGAUUGAUCCAAAAUUAAAGAUCAACUUAAUGAUCUUAUCAGAUUGAUCAAAACCUCUAACCCUGGGCUAGAUUGUAGCCUUUGAUAUGUUGUGAGUUAUCAGGUUGAUGUAUCUCUCUGGUCUCAUCUGUUCAGUGAGCCCCAGUGACACCCUGAUCCGUCGCUCCAUCAGUCAGCAGAAGUCUGGCGUGUCCAUCACCAUAGACGAUCCUGUCCGCACAGCCAAGCAGCCUUCUCCUCCACGAGGCAAAGUGUCCAACAUCGUCCACUUGUCCAACCUGGUUCGGCCGUUCACCCUGGGUCAGCUAAAGGAGCUGCUCAGCAGGACUGGCACCAUGCUGGAGGACGGCUUCUGGAUUGACAAGAUCAAAUCUCACUGCUACGUCACGGUACGUCUCUGUCUGCUGGCCGUUAUCCUGAAUACAGGUCUGCGUCUCAACUGACAUCCUAUUCCCCGGAUAGUGCACUACUUUUGACCAGCCAUAGGAGGCUCAAAGCUGGUCGAGGCUGGUGCACUUGACUAUAGGGUGUCAUUUUAGAUGCAGCCCGGAACUCCUCCUACAUCUUCCUAUUCUCUGUGUCUUAUCUAAGGCAAGCCUCAAUGUUCCUAAUGGAUACCCGGUUUUGCUCCCUUUUCUUUCAGUACUCCAUUGCAGAGGAGGCAGUGGCCACUCGUGCAGCACUACAUGGGGUGAAAUGGCCUCAGAGCAACCCAAAGUUCCUCAGUGUGGACUUCAGUCAGCAAGAGGAGGUGAGACUAACUUUGCCCUAGUAGUUCUGCCCUACCUGAUGAUGUAUAUAAUUCCCCAGUUCUCUAAUAUUUGAGUGAUUAUGAUCUUCCUUAUGUUAACCUUCCUCCUCGUGUGUGUGAGUGUAGCUUGACUUCCACAGAGGCUUGCCUCCCCCUGAGAGGGCUGGAGAGGAGGAGCGGGGGGCUGCGUCGAUGCCUGGCCGAGGUCGGGGGGUGGCCCUGCCCCCUCUCCUGCCAGAGAGUGACCAGUGGGCGGAGCGAGAGCGUGAGAUGGAGCGCAGGGAGAGGACCCGGGCGGAGAGGGAGUGGGACAGGGACAAGGUUCGGGACUUUGGCCCAGGAAAACCUGGAGAGGAGGCGGGCCCCAGACGAUCGCGCUCCAGAGAGAGGAAGCGCAAGGAGAUGGGCAAGAGCAAAGAGAGGAAGAUGGACAAGAAAGGUGAAGAGUGGGGAUGGAGAGAUGGUGGUUUAGAGCUGUGCCCUGUUGGGUCAACUGUAUGUUUACUCUUUCUGUUUGUGUUGUUUCUUCAGAGAAAGCUCCAGAGGAACCCCCUGCCAAACUGCUGGAUGACCUGUUCAAUAAAACCAAAGCAGCCCCUUGUAUAUACUGGCUCCCUCUCACAGAAGAGCAGGUCAGUUAUAUACACACACAACUCAACUAUCUGAACAAGAUUUCUUAUUGAUGAUAUGGGGUCCACAUAUCCUUCCUUACAUUUGUUGAACGUGUUGAUUUAAAUUGUUUACAGUCCACUCUUAACAUUCUCCCUUGUUCUGUCUCUUUCUGGCCAGUUUACACAGAGGGAAGCAGCCCGACAAGAGAGGAUGAAGGAGCGAGAGAAGAGGAGGAAGGCGCAGCAAGAGGAGGAAGAGAAGAAAAGGGAGGAAGAGCGCAAAGAAAGGAUAAAAGCAGGGAGUAGCGCAUCUGGCGAAAGAGGCGAGGGGGACAGGGACAGAGAGCGAGACAGGGAGAGGGGCAGAGACAGGGACCGAGACAGAGAGGGUGACAAACGCAGAGAAGGCAGCCACCGCAGACCAGGGGGCAGCAGUGCAGGGGUGGGCAGACGCUCCCGCAGCCGCAGUGAUCCUCCACCUCGUGACAGACGACGCUAGAGGGAAUUGGUGUGGCUGGAACUGUCUAAAAAUAACCCCCCAUUCCCCAUCACUAUAUGUACUUUGUUAGAACUAAGACCCUACAGAGGACCAAUACACACACACACACACACAC